GUGUCAGACCUGCGGACCAUCCGGACUUCCAAAAUAUCAAAACUUUAUUUUAGCUUGUAUUUUUGGUUAUAUUAAUAUUUGAGCCCAAUAAAAAUGGUCGCAGAAGACGACAAUAUUUUUAGGGCUUUCGCCAAGGCUAUGUACAACACCAUUGAUUCUCCAGUAACGUGGUUCCGAGAGAAAGUAGUCGAACCGAACCAGAAGCAAUAUCCUUGGUAUCACAGAAAGUACCCAAGGGUACCAACCAUUGAUGAAUGUUACUCUGACGACGUAGUCUGCGACUUUGAAGCAAAUCAUCAAUUUAAACGUGAUAAGGCUGUGGACUCGGAAAUUCUGAAUAUUCUUCGUAUGCGCUAUGAGGAUUGCAUGAUGUAUGAAAAUCCUGAUCAUGCCACUCCAUGCAAACCUCUGUGGGACAAAUAUAAGGAUGCUGAGGAAGCCUGGUUUAUAAAAUAUGGUGAUCUCGGUGCCAACGCUGAUGCUCGCAAAGCUUACAUGAAGCAGAAGCACCGUCUGAUCUGGGAGAGACGCAACGGACCUCUGUCCGACCUCACCAAGUGAAGUUAUUGUUUGCCCUGUUAAAUACGUAGAAUUAAAUAUACAUUGAAUUUAA